GGUAAUUUACCUUGGUCAGACAGACAACGCAGGUUGUGCGCACUCAUGGUUGUUCGCACUUUUUGGGACUGCCUUGCGAUUUUCCUGAAUACAGAAAUCUGUGACUGACGGAGGUAUCUGUUAAAAAUGGAUACUAUUUUAUUAUUUGUCCAAGCAGUUCUUUUAGCUGGAGCAGGAUUGGCAGGUUUUGCAGCUGCCAUAACAAUAGGUCUUUCAAGAAAUAGUUUUGGUGGGAACUGCAUCCUCUAUGCAGAAGCAAAUUGGUACAAUACUACUGUGAUAUACUUUAAAGAUUUGGGAAAUAAUUCAGCCUGCCAGUUUUGUGUCAGCCUACAAGUGGUUGCAUCACUGUAUGCUCUUGCUUAUGCUGCAUACACAGG